GAGUCCGAGAAAUCUAGGGUUCAUAGUAUAUUUUGUGUUCAAUGCUCAUCAUCCUCUACUGGGCGAUUAAGUGUAGAGGAGAAUCUCGGACGUGUUUGACUGUUUACAAGGAGGGGGGACCUCUGGCGGUUUUUCGAUCCCCAAAAUGCCCUCUCUGGAAUCUCCAGGAUCGCGCGCGCUCUCCCGGAAACGGGCUUUGCGAGACGGCGGUUAUGAAGGGCCGGAGGAAGUACCAGGAGGAUCGCUUACUCUGCGCUCUCGAUCUUCGAAUUCCCUUCCCCGGUAGGUAUCUUCAUCUGGCUGUUGCUGUAUCGACAGGCUUAGUUAGAAUCGUUGGGAAACUAUUUUAACUUUCGGAGACCUUAGUUUACCUGCUUUCUCUUGGACGCGGACGUGUUCUCUUGUUUCUAAGAAGUUGACCGGAAGAUUACCUGAUAGAGGAGAAUACGAUCUGUCUUUGCACGCCAUCAAUUGGGACAGAAUCGCGCAUCAACAUGUGCUUAAUUUUGAAAGUUUAUGGAGAAAUUGAUGUACACUGUGGACUCAGCAGAAACUUCUAGUGAGAAGGUUGAAGAAGCAAAACACAUCCAGAUGCUUCGCCCAUCUAAGUGGUGGAUAUGGUUGAAGACAACAGAUUCAGGAAAAGAGGAAAUGCGAAAUAUCAUAUGGCAGUUGUUGUUGGCUCUCAAAUCCUGCCAUGAUCGAAAUAUUACUCACAGGGAUAUCAAACCUGAAAACAUAGUAAUUUGCUUUGAAGACCAGAAAACAGGCAGAUGCCUAAAAGAAGUAGCAAAUGGAGAUCAGAACUUCAAAACCAAAGUGCGCAUCAUUGACUUUGGCAGUUCCCUGGAUGAAUUCACGAUGAAGAAUUUAUAUGGCUCCAUGGGACCUUCUAGAGCUGAACAAACUCACGAGUAUACUCCUCUUGAAGCUAUUCUGAACACUAGUUGAUACCGAGGACCGACCAGUAUGACAUUGAAAUAUGACAUGUGGCGUGUUGGUGUUGUGAUGUUAGAGAUGAUCCUGGGUUUGCCAAAUGUUUUUCAGAUAAGAUCUGUAACACGUGCCCUCUUAGAUCAACAUAUCGAGGGCUGGAGUGAUGACUUGAAAGAGCUUGCAUACAAACUGCGAUCACUAAUGGAGCUAUGUAUCUUGAUGCUGGGAUCCAUUCUAAAACGAGGUGGGACCAGUUCAAAGCAGGGUGGAAUUUCACUUGCUUCGUGGAAAUGCUCUGAAGAAUUUUUCUCUCGGCAGAUAAAGAGUAGAGAUCCUCUUAAGAUCGGGUUUCCGAAUGUUUGGGCUCUAAGAUUUGUAAGGCAUUUAUUACUGUGGGACCCAGAGGACAGGCUGAGCGUGGAUGAUGCGCUGCAACACCCAUAUUUCCAGCCUCAGGAUUGAUUGCAUUGCAUUUGCAUAUUAUAAGAAACAGAGCAGACAUGUGUAUAUCACUUCUUCAAUGUCUAUUUGCAUUUGGGUGUUCCACAAGUGUGAUCAGACUUUGGGAGGGCCCCGUAACACAGGCAUCGUCAUAUAAAAUGCUGGUUGAUGUUUGAAGGGAUAAUUGUAUAUAAAUACAUGAAUUCUUAUAAAAUUUUCAAAUAAAUACUUGAACUAUA